AUGCAAGUGAAUGAGGGCGCGAUGAAGCGAAGGGGCAACACCGCCGCAGCGUUGGCGACACCUUUCGCGGCCAACUCGUCGGCGUGGGUCGAGGAGUCGCCCCACGAAUCCAAACCUGCCGUCAUCGCUCCGUGGCCGUUCGUCGCACGUACGUCCACGUCAUUUGAUUUCCGCCACGACUAUCUUCCGUUCCAGCGUCUCCGCGCCUUACACGUAUACGACACGAAUGUCAACGACCUCAGCAAACACUCGAUCAACUUCAACUCUGUUCGGCCAAUCAACGACGAGGACGACUUGGAGCCGACAACGCUCUGA